AUGAGUCCCUUCUCCUUCCGCGAGAUCAUGGAUGUCAUUCCUGCUGGGACGCCUUUCAUCUUCCAGCUGUACUUCUACACCGACCGCGCCGAAAAAGAACGUAUCCUCACCGAAGUGGGAAAAUACAAACCCCAAGCUAUCCUCUUCACCGUCGACCUCCCCGUCAUGAGCGAGCAGGAAGCGCCCCCACGACAAUCCCUCAUCGGCGAAGGGAAGAAGCAAGCUCAAUUGGCUCACCCAACUGUAAACAUCGACUGGAGCUGCAGUGCGUGGAUCAAGCAGAAAUCCGGCGCCCUCGUCUUCGUCAAGGACACCGCCGUCUCGGCUCUCAUAACCCUCCUGGAGAUCCAAGCGUCCUAUCCUGAAAUCCUAGAGAAGAUGGAGGUCUCCAUCGACGGUGGGGUUGGCAGGGGAAGCGACAUCCUGAAGGCGAUCUGUCUCGGCGCCGGUGGGGUUUUGCUCGGGAGACCGUUUAUGCGCUGCAUUUUGCGCGAGGAGCUCCAGAUGGCGGCGCAGCUUGUGGGCAUCACGGCCUUGGAGCAGGCGCAUCCUGGGCUUUUGGAUACCACGGAUGUACGCAGUAGAUAG